CGCAGAUUACUUGUUGUUUUUGUGUUUUAAAUAUGACACAGCAGAGAGCCCGCUCGCCGUGCACACGAGAAGGCUGGUGGGGAGGCUGGCUUCAGCAGAGCUACCAGGCCGUCAAAGACAAGUCAACUGAGGCCUUAGAAUUCAUAAAGCGAGACCUGACCGAGUUCUCCACUGUGGUGCAACAUGACACGACCUGCUCGAUUGUGGCCACAGCCACGGCUGUCAGGAACAAGCUUGCGGUGGAAGGUUCCUCUGAGACCUCAGAAAAGGUGAAGAAGAGCCUCUCUAGCUUCUUAGGGGUGAUAACGGACACGCUUGCUCCACCCCCCGAUAAAACCAUUGACUGUGAUGUAAUCACAUUGGUGGCAACGGCAGCAGGAACAACAGAGAUCUACGACAGUUCUAAGGCACGUCUCUACAGUUUGCAAGCUGACCCUGCUACAUACUGCAAUGAGCCUGAUGGUCCCCCAGAGCAGUUUGAUAACUGGCUGUCCAGCUUCAGUUUGGAAGAACAGAAAGGAGAAAUCUCAGAGCUUUUGGUCAACAGUCCCUCAAUACGAGCCCUUUACACCAAAAUGGUGCCGGUGGCUGUAGCACAUUCAGAAUUCUGGCAGAGGUAUUUCUACAGAGUCUUCCAGUUGGACCAGGAGGAGGCAAGGAGAGUGGCAUUGAAGCAGAGGGCAGAACAGACUACACACACAGAGACCCUUGGCUGGGAGGAGGAGGAGGAAGAUGAUUUCCUCGGCGCCACGUCAUCGUCCCGACUCAACUUGACACCCCCCUUGGACUACAGCUCGACCCCGCUGCCCGCCAACCCGACCGCUCCCGCAAGAACGACUCUACUGAGCCCCGUGCUGUCUCCCUCCGAAGAGCGUGACGCCACCCUCUCAGUCAGCAGCGACAGCUUCAGCCUCCCAACGCAGGUGCUGGCGCGGCCUGAGCCCGUUGCCACGGAGCUGGCCGAGAAACUGACAGAAGCCAGCUUGGAAGAUGCUGCGGACAAGACGCAAGAAGAGCGGAGGCCUGGAAAGAGUGACUCGCCUCUUGAGGCUCAAGGGGAAGUGGUCACCCAGCCAGAGGUCACUGUUGAUGGGCCGUCAGUGCGGGCUUCUGGCCCCAACGCUAAACCAGAAGCAGCCAAGGAGGAGGGGCCACAGGACCUGAGAGUGUUUGAGCUUAACUCUGACAGCGGGAAGUCUACGCCCUCUAACAAUGGCAAGAAAGGGUCCAGCACCGAUGUGAGCGAGGACUGGGAGAAAGACUUCGACCUGGACAUGACAGAGGAAGAGGUCCAAAUGGCACUCUCUAAAAUAGAAGCUUCUGGAGAGAUGGACGAAGACUGGGAGAACUGGGAAUGAGAGCCGCCGCAACACAAACUCUGUUCCGCCAUUAAAGCCAGUUCUCGGCAGACGAACCAUGCUUAACGUGUUUUUAACUCUUUGUCCACACUGUCACCAUGUCAUGAUUGUCAGUAGGGGAUUUUUCCAGCGGGUUUGAACCAUAUUGGUGAACCUGUUGAAAAGAAAAGAGCAACCGGAAGACCAAGGCAAUAAGAAUUACACUGCUCAGUCAGUUUAGCGCAGAUAGGCCUCUAGCAAUGGUAAUCUUGGCUAUUUCUUUCUUGGAGUAACGUCUGACUUAGAGAGCAUACGACACUAGUCACCACCUGUUUAAAGCUUAAGGACACGCAGUGACAAAGUCAGAAUGUGAAAGGUAUCACUUCAGCGGGGGAGGAGCUGUUUCCCCUUUUUCGUUAUGCCAUUAAAUAUGUAUGUCGCGUCUGCAUUGCAAGUUGGGCAAUGACUUAACAGCAGGCUGCAAAAUAGCCAUGAACUAUAAUGCUGCUUGUCAUCUUUCUGAGAUGAAAUACUUCCCAAGUGAUUUUUUUUGUUUGUUUUUUAAUGAUGAUCGAUUGAUUUAAUUCUACCUGUGCCCCCUUUUUGUCUUUCUCAUCUUUUUAUUAUGCAAGUAAAUCUUCAGAAUGACAAAACAAAUAAAUAUAUAUAUAUAUAUUUCGGCCUUCAUUCACAGAGCACUUUUCAUUUUGGAUUCACUCCCAACUCUAGACGUAUGGCCUUCUAAAACACGCUGCAGUGUGAUGAUGUUAUCCAAAUGUUUUUGUUACAAGUCAGUUGCACAACCAGCUAUCAUGUCAUUGUUGUUAGUCGUCGUCCCCCCCCCUCUCUCUGUAAUAUCAUGUGAUUGGUUUGAAUAUAUGGGCUUGUUGCAGGCUGUAACUCUCUUGUCACUUUUGAAUGAGUUGUUUGUCUUAUUUGGGUAGUGGGAAUCUAUUAGUUAUCACAUUAGUUAAAGAGAGGUCGUAUGUGACUAAACAAAGAGAACUCAAACUGGUCACGGUGUUUUGAUGCCGGAUUCUUUGGCUUGAAAUGGAGGGUAGCAUGUGAGUUAAUCGUUUGAAGUUUAAAGAUUCUCAGUUUGGAACAAAGUGGCUCAGCUGGCAGAGUGCCAAGUAGACCAAGGAGCAACGAGAAAACACUCCAUGCUUCUCUGAUUUUUCCCUCUCCAUCAUCUGUAAUGUAAGCGAUACACAAAAUAAUCCUAGAGAUGUAAUAUUUAUACUAAAAUAAAUGCUUAAUUAUUGUAUAAAGUGCUUUGGAUUGCAUGUCCGUGCAAUGCCAUGCAGAACAUUGUGCAGAUGGUGACUGUUGAGUUGUAUGUUUUCUGGUAAAGACAUUUGGCUGUUCUUCAGGUUUUUGUGUUCUGACAAUGUGUUGCAUGUCUAUAAUUCUCGGCUGUGUAUUCUCUUCUGAUUCACACUUUGGACUAAUCAAAGAUGUUCUGCACACAUCUGUUUUCAAAUCUGCUGUCAAGUUCUUUCUUUUGUUUUAGGUCGAGUAUUUCGCUAUAUUUUUUUCAAAACGACCAUUGUCAUUAAAGGAUUCAUGGCU